UAACAAAAUCUACAAACAAUAUUAUGUUUUAAGUGUGUUCAAACAAAAAAAAUCUUAGAGUUCCUCGGCCUUACUGUAGUUUUUGCGACGUGACAUACGUGUUGAAUUGAGUUCAACAACAUCGCGAUAGGACGCUAUUUGUGUUGGUUAAAAGUUUAAUUCAACGUUCAUUUUGAAAAUGCCCAAACUGUGUUCAUUUGGAUGCGCUUUCAGUGGUGUCCCAAUGCAUCGUUUUCCUCAUGCUGAUAAGUUCGCUGAGCGUUUUAGGGCUUGGGUCAAUCUUGUUGGUGGGAAACUGGAAACUCCAGUUGAUUAUGAUUAUUACUCGAAAAAGUUAGUUUGCGACAUACAUUUUACUGCGAGAGAUCGAAACCGUAAUAAACGAUUAAAUGCAUUGGCAGUUCCAUCACUUCAUUUACAUGGAACAUCAGAUAGCAGCAUAUUGGGACCAAGUUUAGUUGAUGUCGGAAACCAACCUUCUACUUCACAUCAUUUCAAUACAGGAACACCAGGCAGUAGCACAUUGGGACCAAGUACAGUUGAUGUUGGAAGUCAACAUUUUUAUAAAAGCCAAAGAAUACAAUAAAAAGAAAUGGUUAUGUUAUCCAAAUAAACACUUGCAAAAUUAUUUCCAAGACCUUCAAAAAAUAACAGAAUCUUUUUUAAAACAAACAGGUCCCAAACGAAAUAU